CUUCAAAGAAGAAUCAUAGGAGUUUAUGAAGUUGGAAAUAUUGCAUUAUAUCUACUGUGUUACUGCAACAAAAAAUGAAUUACAUCAUACAAUAAAAUACAAUAAAUAUAAUACAAUAUAACAGUAUAUUAAUUAUAUUAAUACAAUCUUAUAUUAAAUAUUUGAGUAACAGGGGAGAUUAAAAAUUAAUUCAACAAUGAUUUAAUAUAUUCAAAAAAUGUGAUGAUUUUUAUAUUUCAUAUAUAUAUGUGUAAUAUAUAUAUAUAUAUUUUUUCUUAUCAAUAACGCAUUCGUUUUAUAUUUUACUCAAAAAGCAACAAAAGGGAACUAUUUUAUUCAAAAAAGAAACAUCCAUGCAUGAAACAAGUCAUUAUAAAUUAUUCACAUAUUACGAACAAAAUUUGUUGCGUAUCUGCCCUCUGAUUGGUCGAAAUUGCGUAUUUCGUUCAUAACACAUAUUCGCUCAAUUGCGCAUGCUCAGAAAACCGGUAUUUCCUCAUAUGUGUGACGUUUAAGCGGAAAUUGUAAAUUUGAGAAAUUUAUUAUAAAUGCAGCGACAAUUAUGAAAAAGGGAAGAAUUGUAAAUAAAAAAUCGAAUUGGUCUCGUAAAAUCGCUUUGUAAGAAAAGUUGAAACUUUUGGUCACAAUGAAAUGGAAGCUUUUAAUACGUUUUAUUUAUGAAAGAGGGGGGAAAUAGACGAAUUCUCGGUGAUGCGAAAGGUGAUGUUAAACGUUGCAUAUCGCAGAUACAAGUCACGAAGCGUGGUCGGGACAAGUCUAGACGAUCAUCGUCGAGGAAAAACCGAUGAAGCUUGACCGUACUCAACACAGGUAUCUAAAUAUGUAUCGAAAUUGUUGUAAAGAACCGAUAAGAAAUGAUGAUUCAUACGCGUAACCUUUACGAUAACGAGUUACGUUAGCGAGCAGCUGAAAACGUGCCUGUGAUAUACAUUUUAAGUAUUGUGUGUUAAAAGCCCAGGGAGUUGUGAAAUGUAUUAGAUCAGUGACCAAAGAAGUAACAUAGUAUACAAAAUCCAGUAUGAUGUAAAAAGUGAAAGUGAGAGUGUGAACAAAACUGAGGCGUUUCAAUCAAAUCGAUAUACCGAAUCACAGACCGACAUGCAGCUACGAUGAACAAAAUAAAUAGGCCGGACAUUUUCACGCGUGUCAUUUAUGAUUUUAUAUUUCGCAACGCAACGCGUAUUAAAACAAGCAUUUACUGAUUCAUUCUCAAUUUAUUCUAUUACUAUUUUUAUCAGAACCUAUAUACAUUUAUUUUUCAAGAAGUAUUAAAUAUUAAAGUAAGCCACAUUUGAAUAACAGUAAAAAAUUAAGCAAGAGAAUAAGCGAAUCUAUUACAAGAAAAGGAAGAUAUCGAUAGUACUUUAUAUAUAAUUCACACGAAGCAUGUAUCGAAAGUAUAUUCGAACCUAAAGAAAAGGAAAGAAUUUUCAUUAACACGAAUCAACGUACAAACUACAUGUAUAAUUGAUAUAUUUAUUAACAGAAUAUCAAAAAUAAGACGCAAUCGGUAUUUGCAGAAGACUUGGUUACACGAUGUUGACUCAGCUUCGGUGAGAACGUAGCAUAGAAUCGGAACUCGAUCGAGGUCGAGCUUUAGUAAUCGAUUGUUGCAUUUUCGGCGUCCUUCUCUUUUCCACACACAGGAGAGCUCUAGAAUCACAUACAAAAAUAAUUAAAUCAGUCUGAAAUAGGACCUGAUACAGAAUCGAUAAGGUGUAGAAAAAUCAAAUUCUUAUUGUAAGAGGCCGAGCAUUGAGCACGGGUGCGUGUUUACGGUACGGAGCGAACCAAAACAUCAAUGACCUUGAAAGAGAAGCAGUCACGUGACUGGGAGAGAGCACAAGGAUUGGAUAGUUUCGGCGCAUAUAAUGUGUAUUGCGUCGUGCGCACCCUAUGUCCCGCAUUCCGUGUCCGAUAGAUGGUUGAAAGUUUAGCGAGGGGUGAAGGGGCGAAAGACAGACUACGCGACGGCUUACGACGACGACGACGACGGGUACGACGACGACGACGAGGACGACGAGAAAAAACGGGAGAGGAGAGAGAGUGUGACUCGGCCCCCGUCUAUGUGUGCGCGCGCGUUGCUCGGUUGUGUUGUCCAAGAUGAAGUCCGACUCUAAACCUUUGUUGACAGCUCAGGCGGAAAAGGCGAAUCAUUACACAUACUUGAAGGAAUUUCGCGUCGAACAAUGUCCCCUCUUUAUACAGCGCAAAUGCACACAGCACCGACCCUUCACGUGCUUCAACUGGCACUUUAUGAACCAGCGGAGGCGAAGACCGGUGAGAAAGAGGGACCGCACCUUCAACUAUAGCGCUGAUAAUUAUUGCACCAAGUACGACGAGACUACCGGCAUAUGUCCAGAUGGAGACGAGUGUCCGUUUCUUCACCGUACUGCUGGCGACACAGAAAGGCGUUACCACCUACGUUAUUAUAAAACCUGCAUGUGUGUCCAUGAUACAGAUACACGUGGGUUCUGUGUCAAGAAUGGCCCUCAUUGUGCCUUUGCACAUGGUAAUCAUGAUCUUCGUCCCCCUGUUUAUGACAUUAAGGAGAUACAGGCACUGGAGAACCCUGAUUCUGAUCCUAAUUCAUCUUCUAAUGGACCAAACAUACUUGACAAAGAAAGGAACUUAAUGAAUGAAGAUCCAAAAUGGCAGGAUACGAAUUAUGUACUCAGUAAUUACAAAACAGAACCUUGCAAACGUCCACCAAGACUUUGUCGUCAGGGCUAUGCCUGUCCACAAUAUCACAACAGUAAAGAUAAAAGACGUAGUCCACGCAAGUACAAGUACAGAUCAACACCAUGUCCUAAUGUAAAACAUGGAGAAGAAUGGGGUGAACCAGGCAAUUGCGAACAAGGAGAUGCUUGUACAUAUUGUCAUACACGUACGGAACAACAAUUCCAUCCUGAGAUAUACAAAUCCACAAAGUGUAAUGAUGUACAACAAGCUGGAUAUUGUCCACGCGGAGUCUUCUGUGCGUUUGCACAUGUUGACCGUGAGUGUACCCUCAUAAACCUGUUGCCAACAGAAGAAAUGAGCCUGGCGAGGGACAUGGCGGUACCUAUAGAUUGUGGCACCAAUCUGGCAGAUAUUCUAAGCAAUGCGCUUCCACCCGAUAAGCGCAGUCAUGAGAAGGAUAAACAACUUAGUGAUAGUAGUAAUGGAAGCGGUGAAGUAUCAGAAUCAGCAAGUACUAGUAGCGUUGGCAGUAACAGUUCACACAGUAAAGCUCCUGGUGCUCAACUUCAUAACUCCAAUUCCAAUAGCACUGUAAACACUUCCAAUCAGCAAAAGUUAACAAGCAUACUUUAUAAUCCCAGUUCUCUUUUGCAAGUUGGUGAAAUACGAAAACAAGUGGUUACAAUAGACAGUGAUCCUUUAUUAACGAAAGCAGAAAAAGCUCAACUGAAACAAAGCCUAUAUAGUGCAUAUAGUUUGAAUGGAACCUUAGGGAAUCAUUCAUUAGCAACUACCGUCUCACCACUUUCAAGUUCAUUUUACCCAAAUGAUACUGUGGAAUCUGUAGUAGGAAAUGCAUUAGACGAGUUACAUCUAGAUGACCCCUUAAAUUUAGUAGAAUCAAUUCAUAGGGAUACGAAUUCACCAAUUAGCAAUUCAAUAUCAGCAGGCCUAGCAAGUUCUGGACUAUUAGGUAGCUCAGCACCAGUUAAUAUUCCUGGAAUGAAUGAACGUUCAGUUCUUACGAAUUUUUCGCCAUCAACAUCCAGUCCACUGCAGCAUCUACAUUCGACUGGUUUUCUUACUGGAUCUAGAUUUUCUCACCAGGAUUCAAUAGAAUCGACUAUGCCAUUUAUGAAUCAAGUAUCAGACCCAUUUAGCAAUCAUAUUUCACAGCUUAGCAGUUCAGCUUCUAAGCUUAGCGGAUUUAAUAGUAGCUUAUUUGAUUUUACAAAUCAAGGAAUGUCUCCAUCUCGUACUCAACCUCUCCCAGCAUCUCCAUUGGUUAAUGCAUUUUCCAUUAGUCCGAGUAACACAGGAUCUUUAUCUGAGGUACAAAGGCUCAGGGAGGAAUUGACAUCAAGUCGUGCGCAACUAGCAACGUGGGACGAACGUAUUAAUCAAGCUAGAGCUGCUUGCGCCGCAUGGCAAUUAGAAAGUGAGGAGGCUAAAAGAAAAGCAAGUAUCGCUGAACAGCAGAGAGAUGAGGCCUUGUUACAAGUGAAAGCAUUAAGGGUAGAAAAUGAAGCGUCUGGUGGUGGACCAUACCUUCACACAUUGAGAAGAACAAGUGAGCUCAGAUCGUUAUCGAUAGCUGCAUUAAAAUCAAUUCAAUCACAGCUUCGUUCGGAUCUCGAAGAAGUAGAAAAGGUGCUGUACAGAGAAACGGCAACAAAGUGCAUGGUUUGCGAAGAACAAAAUCGCACUGUUACCCUCUCACCCUGUAACCACUACGUGGUCUGCUCGACGUGCGCUCCAAAUCAACGAGAGUGCCCGUACUGCCAGACUCCGGUUGUCUCCACAAGUUAGGUCCGAAUAUUUUGUUAGAACACCCGUUGUUAUAAUCUCCAUUCUUUCUUAAUAACCAAGACAAAUAUCCUCAUAAUUCUAAUGUGAGUAGUACUAGGAUUUUCAACGUAAAUUCCCGGUACUUUAAAUGCGAUGGUAUAUAAAAUGAACAAUUAAAAGAAUUUGUAUUGCGAUACAUGUACAACCGCAAUAGAAAAAAGAAACAAAACAAACGAUGAACAAAUUUAUUCAAAUAUAUAAUUUGACUGUCGCCAAAGUGAAUAUGGAUGUGAUAA